AUGGCAGGUUUUCAGACCACUCCAUGGAGGUUGAUUUCUGGGAUUUUAGGAGUAAUAUGCCUUUUGAUGAUGAUAACUUUGGGAGUUUUGUUGAAAAAUUCACUUAUUAAACAAAGUGUUCAGCUUGGACCCUCCACAGAUCUCAGUGAAGAAUCUGGCUGCUGUUCUUGCCAAGAAAAAUGGAUUGGCUACCAAUGCAACUGUUAUUUCAUUUCUAAUGAAUUAAAAACAUGGAAAGACAGUAGGGAUUUUUGUAUUUUUCAUAAUUCCAGUCUACUUCAGGGUUUUAUGAAGUUCAGUUCCAAGUUUUACUGGAUUGGACUUUCUUACAGUGAAGAACAUCAUGCCUGGUUGUGGGAGGACAAUUCUACUCUCUCCCAAGAUGUAGUUCCUUUAUCUCACACCGUAAAUCCAAAGAAUUGCAUAAUAUAUAACCCAAGCAGAGGUGCAUUGGAUGAAGACUGUGAAAAUACAAAUAAUUACAUCUGUAAGCAACAGUUUGUUUAG